CUUCUUGUCUCGUGUGUUUAUUUCAUAGAAUGAUUCCAGUUUUUGUACUCUUGCAGCAGAACAACACGAAGCUUUUCCUUUUAUGUAUAGCCAUGUUUCAUGUUUUAAUCUCUUAGUUUUGGUUUGUUUCAGGAAAACGAGGUUCGAAGCAACUACUACAGCGUGAAGAAAGGUAACCUUGAUCAUGUCACAUGCCUCAAAAUGUGAUUGUGCGAUAACAGUGAGGAAGAAAGAUGUGCAAAUACAAAAGAUGGAAAAGAAGAUGGCAAAGUUGAGAAAGCAGAGGGAUAUUGCUGAGUCCAGGCUUGAAGAUUUCAUGAGAAUUAUUGAACACCAUCAUCAGGCGUUAAAGUCUGGAACUCCUUACUUUGGCAACCACACAGACAAGUGGGAAGAUGAUGGUUCAGUAUCAGACACAUCAGGCAUGGUCAAUUUAUUAGACACAAGGAGUUUCAUAUCUGACGACGAUGAUGAUGAUGAUAUCAAUGAAGAGCUGCCUAUGCGUUCACAAGAUCCAUCAGAUGAAUACUGUAGAGAAGUCCAGUGCAUUGAGAUUGAGGAAACGGCCACAGUCUUUAGUAAUAACAACCCCAAAGACGAGAAAGAAGAAACUAAAAACGUUGUAGGCCAUAAUGAGGAUCAUGCUGAUGAUGAAAGGAGUGUAGUCCAAAACGUGAACCACAGAGAUACCAUACCAGGGGCAGAAAGACAAGAGAGUCACAAGAUUGAGUUUCCUGAGUUAGAGUUGGUUUCUAGUAGUGUGUCGAGGAGUGAUUCUAUGUCUUCUUCUUACGGGAGCAAUUCCAAUGGCAUCCCAACGCCCUUGGGAGAAGAAGGAGGUAUCUCUACUUUCCAGACUUUCGUUGAUGGGCUUAAGGAGAUGUCUAAGCGUCAUCAAGAGGUCUCUAAUGCUGAGGCUUCUGGUAAAAUGGAAAAGGACCUUGGUGUGGACGGGGACUUUGAGAGAAAGCGGCAAGAGAUUCUGGAGCUAUGGCAAAGCUGUAACGCCUCUUUGGUGCGUAGAACAUAUUUUUACCUGCUCUUCAAAGGAGAUGAGGCUGAUUCAGUCUACAUUGGAGUUGAGCUGAGAAGACUUUUGUUUAUUAAAGAUCGCUUCUCUCAGGGAAAACAAGCCUCGGAUGGAGGAGAAACCUUAACAUUGUCUUCAAGCCUGAAGGCGCUUCACAAGGAGAGAAAGAUGCUGAGCAAGCUUGUGAGGAAAAGGUUUUCAGAAGAAGAGAUGACAAGAAUCUAUCACAAAUUUGGGAUUGCGGUUAACUCGAAACGCAGGCGUUUACAACUUGUGAACAAGCUGUGGAGCAAUCCCAAGGACAUGACCCAGGUUGCGGAAAGUGCAGAUGUUGUAUCCAAGCUUGUGAAGUUAACUGAACAAGGCAAAGCCAUGAAGGAGAUGUUUGGUCUGGCUUCCACGUCUCCUUCCUUGUUGACAUCUCAGAAAGCUCAUGGUUGGAGAAAAAGCUUGCCUCCACUUUUCUAACCAUCUUUGUAUUUUUGGCACUGACAUUAUUAUACUCUUGCGUUUCUUGUAGCAGUGUGUAUGUCUUCUUUGUGUCCUUUCUUUUUCAUUUGUUUGUCUUUUGAUUUUGAAGGUGCCAGCCAACAUUGUUUUACAGUCAAAUGGAAUCUGUUGAUUUUGAAGGAGCAUGCAUACCUAUUCGUUUGAAUGUCCCACCAUCUAAUAAAAUCUGUUGACCAAAGUUGCACUCAAA